CUUCAUGUGUGGCUCACGACGAUUAUUACUUCAAGGUACGCAGUUAUUGGAAGCGAAUACAUCUUGGACCAUAUUACCUCCAACCCAAAGCAGCAGGUUGACUCUAUAUCGUGAGGUUCUCCGCCCCGCCGCUGCGAGUCCAAUUGUUGGAUUUUCCUCAUCUCGCUCGAUUCCAAGGCCAGCGAUUUCAACCACACCAACAAUCCAAUCUACCAAACCGCAACCAUGCCGUCCACCCAACAAACCCCCCUUCUCCUCACCCUCACAGCCCUAGCAACCACCGUCCUCUCAGCACCAACAACCACCCACCCAACCCCACAACUAGAAGACCUCCAAUGCCGCUGUCUCACCUUGUCCACCAGCCGCUCACCAACCCCAUGCUCUUACCAAGAGCUCCUAACUCUAGACUGGGAAGCCGCCUUCUCCCUCUCCAUCACCAACGCCCUGCCUAUCCAAUUCGCCGGCCAAACCACCAUGGACACCCUACUCGCCAUACCCAAGCCCCUCCCGCUUAGCCUCCUGCAGAGUAUGCAUGAGGGAGGGGAGGUAGCGCCGCUGGAUCCGAGCGGCGGGGUUAUGAGUGAGAAUAGGGUUGUUUGUGGGUUUGGCGGGGAGGUUGAGGGGGUGAGUCGGAGAGGGAGCGGAGGCGUGGAGCAGGAGGUGCAUUAUGUGGGGACGGUGCUGGGGCUGUUUAUGUUGGGUAUGAUCGUUUGGGUCGCUGGGGAGUGGGUGUGGAUGAGGUUCUUCUCAAGGACUGGGAGUAUUGUGCUGGAGGGGGAUGAGAAGGCUCUAAGAGCUGAGUUCGACGCCCUGACGGCUGAGGUCAAGGCCCUGACUGCGGAGGUCGAGGCUGAGACCAGGAGGAUGCCUACGGACUACUCUUGAGGAGAGUCGG